AGGCAGUAGUCAGUCAGUGUAGCUAGAUCGGCGGAGGAGAGAGUGAGCGAGAGGAGAGUGUUAGCGAUGUCUGUCAUUUUAGUUUAAGUUAUUCCCCCCAACCCCCGAUGUGAGUGAACUGGUGUUCAAAAUGCCAGUCAAACGAUACAGACGAGAUCAAAGUGAAGUGAGCUGUUGCCUGAAAUAUGUGAUUUUCGGCUUUAACGUCAUAUUCUGGUUACUUGGGUUGAGUAUCCUAGCAAUCGGAGUAUGGGCUUGGACAGAAAAAGACACAUUCAAUAAUCUCAGUCGGCUCACAAAUAUUGCAUUGGAUCCUGCUUUCCUCUUUAUCAUAGCUGGCACAAUUACAUUUACCAUAGGCUUCACAGGAUGCCUUGGAGCUCUCAGAGAAAACACUGCUCUCUUGGCUUGCUACGCCAUCUCCCUUGCUAUCCUCCUCCUCCUUGAGAUGACUGCAGGUAUUCUUGGCUUCAUCUUCAAAGAUUGGAUAAAAUCUCAGGCAACUAACGGCUUCCAAGCAUUUAUUGUACAUUAUCGGGAUGACCCAGAUCAACAGAAUCUUAUUGACUGGAUACAAGAAAAAUGGUUGGAGUGUUGUGGCAUUGAAGGACCUAAGGACUGGGAUCGUAAUGUUUAUUUCAAUUGCUCUUCCGAGGCAGUAGGAUCCAGGGAAGCUUGUGGAGUUCCCUUUUCUUGCUGCAAACAGAAAGCAAACGAAGUUAUAAAGAACAAACAGUGUGGGUACGACGUCAGGAAAUCAGAUUACCAAGGCGAUCGAUCUUUAGUUAUUUACGAACGAGGGUGUCUUCGAGCUGGUGAAGAAUGGAUAGAAUCUAACCUUGUCCCAGUGGCAGGGGUAGCAGUUGGGGUGGCGGUGCUGCAGCUUCUUGACGUAUCUCAGAUAUAUGAUAAAGGAUGUCUUCAAGCAGGCGAGGAAUGGCUAGAAAGGAACUUGCUAUUUGUUGCAGGUGUUGCCGUGGGUAUAGCCUUUUUACAGAUUUUGGGGAUCUGUUUUGCUCAGAACCUGCGAGCUGACAUCUAUGCUCAAAAAGCCAAAUGGAACUGACGUUUAGCUCCUGCCGCGGUGUAGUGAUAAGUCUGCCCACCACUCCAGAAUUCUUCAGCAGUUCCUCAUUCAAGUCUCUACUCUUUAUUGUUUUAGUAUUUAUCUUGUCUUUCAUUCAUAAUGGCUCAGUUUUGUGCUGAUUUUGUCUUUCAUUUAACUUUCACUGAAAGAGUUUGCAACAGAAAGUUUUAUUUGUUCAAUGCAGUGAAUGUGUGCACACUUUUGUCUUGUAAAUUCCACAAACUCCUUGGGUGGAUGUUGUCAUCUUAUAGUUGAUAUCUUGACGUUGUAUCUACCAGUACAAUUAUGUGUUCUGUUUCAAGUUUCAUGUGUUAGUAUAAGGCCAAACCCAAUUCUGCAGUUUGAAAACUCUCUCUCUCUCUCUCUCUCUCUCUCUCUCUCUCUCUCUCUCUCUCUCUCUCUCUCUCUCUCUCUCUCUCUCUCUCUCUCUCUCU